AUGAGACGUGCAGUAUCAAAGAUACUACCUACGUCGAAAUUAUUUGAUGAGAAUUCUCCAAACAAUAAUUCGGCAAAAUCAGGAGGCUUAAGCUUCUCAUCAAGUUUCAAACUAGAUUUUCAUUCAGUAGAUGAGUUUUAUAUACAGCUAGACAAUCCCCAUAAGGUGUGGCUUCCCGGUGAUGAAGUAUCGGGACAAAUUGUACUACUAACAAAAAAGAACUUGGCUAAUAUCAUAAUUACGCUAUCAUUUACUGGGUUUAUAAAGAUUAAUGCAUCUUCACACUCGAAAUUGAGACCGAUAAAACAUACCUUGUUUGAUCAUACUAUAAAGAUAUAUGGGAAUGAAAAUAACAGCAGCGACAACAGCAACAACAACACCACCACCAACACGGACGAGUUCUCCAAUGGGUUAUCCAAGGGUGAACAUGUGUUUCCCUUUAUUGUUAAGCUCCAGAAUAAAAAAAUAUUCACUUCAAUCGACUUUGGUAAAGGGUCCAUAAACUAUUCCUUGAUUGCUUCUGUUGGGAGCUCUUCGUCUUACACCAUUGCAAACUCAUCAUUUUCAAAUAUGCCGACGCCGCCAAAUGAGAAUUAUCAAAAUAAUAGCAACAACAAAAAGAAAUACUUGCAUAAUCCAUCACGUACAUCUGAGAAGUUGAUUAAUUUAGUGAACCCUAUUGAUGUAUCUGAAUUACCACGACCUAAACCAAAAAGGCUAAUACUAAGAGAUCCUAGGAGUAGCCUUAAUCGAGAUAGGAAAUUAAUGAGAACAAAAUCUUCCACAUCAACAAUAAAUACAAUUAAUACAUUUGCUACUCUUUCUUCCAACAACUCGGAUCAAAAUUCUGUGGAUGACCGAAUAUCUGAGGUGAACGAUCCAAUCAACAACAAUAUAAUUGGCAUUAACGAUAACAUUGACGAUAACAACAACAACAACAAUAAUAAUAACAAUAAUAACAAUAACAAUGAUAAUGAUAACAAUUGUAACAGUAACAGCAAUAAUAGCAUCGGCAACAUCAACAUCAGCAACAACGCCACCACUCCUAGCAACGCCAUCACCACCCAGAUUCCCACCCUUGUUCCAAAUCCAAACUCAAACAACAUUACCAUUGCUUCCGGUCCCGCCAAUUUGGAUAAACUGUCAUUCUCUGUCAACAAACCGGCACCUACUAUAAAGGUUAUUUUAGAAGUACCUCAACGUGGCUACCUACGUGGGGAAUCUAUACCAAUCAAAUUAUCAAUAAAUCAUUUAAAGAAAAUACAAGACUUGAACGGGAUUAUUGUUACCUUUGUGCGAGUGUGCCGGUUAGACAAUGGACCAGAUGGCGUUAUUGAAAGUUUCAGAAAAGAUUUACAACAAGUGGUGCUACCUUUAUUCGUUGACCCUCAAACAUUCAAAUCGGAGAUUCAAUCUUCAAUACGAGUACCAGCAGAUGCAUUCCCAACUAUAGUUGGGUGCCCCUUGGUUUCAUUUCAAUAUUUUAUUGAGGUAUUGAUCAACUUAUCUGGAAAAUCUGUAGUUGUUGACCCGGAACUAGUUUCUGAACGGCCUCAACCAGAUAGCAUAAAUGCCCAGCAACCACAUAGCCUAUCAUCAAUAGAAAACUUUCGAUUCAAUUUCAAUUCAUCAAUACAAACUCAAAAGGAGCGGUCCAAUUUCAUCAAUACUGAUCGGUUUAAACGGUCCAAAAAGUUUUUACAAUUAACAACAGAAAUUUGCAUAGGUACACAUAGACUGAAAUUAACCACUGAAGAAGAUGACUUGCAAACAGUUCACUCAUCAUUGGACAAUAGUGUUCAUAGUGGUGGUGGUUCAAUAUCAAGAAGAUCGUCAUGCCUGAUUACAAAUUCAAAUUCUCACACAUCUCCCACUUUAUUUGCAAAUUUGCCCCAGAAUCGUGCGUCGCCACAUGCAGCUAAUAAUUUCACACAUUCAUCUUCAGGUAACUCAUCACCAUUGACUAAUAUAACGCCAACUUCAGUUGCUCAUACAACUUCAGCUGCAGGUAGCUCUUCCAAUUCAGUUUACGGAGGACACUCAAUACCAUCUCACCCAACACCCCCAGUACCUUUAGCACCGUCGUCGACAUUACCCCAUUCUCCUCAGAGAUACCAAUUCAAUUCCAUACCGGAAACGCAAGAGGUUCAUAAUUUCGAAAUACCACCAUAUUCGCAUCGUACUCCAAAUGAAACAGUUCCUGAAUACACCAGCAACAGUUUUAUUCCAGCCGCGACUAUGCAACCCCCAUUAGUUCAACAACAACAACAACAACACCCUGUAGUGGAUCCUAUAUCGAAUGAGUUUAUGGCUAAUUUACGAGAGAAUUCUAACUUGAGUGAAAAGCAAAGAAUGCAACAACUUGAAGACAGUUUAUUGCCCUCUGCUCCGCCAAAUAUGGAUGAUGCAUUAGAUGAAUUUGAAAGUAGAAACAAGAAUUAUGGUCAGAUACAAUUUCAUAAACAGCAGCAGCAGGAAAGGCAUGGACAAGACAGUCAUUCAUCGGACAAUAAUGAACAACAACCACCUCAGCAAGUUUUUCCACAUUCAAUGAAUGUGCCCACGAGACAACAAUUCAAUUUCUUUUCCUAUGCUGGUCAAUCAUCUACCUUGAAUUCUAGUAAUCUUCCGAGACAGGCUCAGGAUAAUAUCGGGUUGUUUCAAAAUCAGCAACAGCAACAGCAGCAACAGCAACAGCAACAUCAUCAACAACAACAACAACAGCAACAGCAAGAGGAACAACAUUCUUCACAGCAGCAGCAACAACCACAACAGAGUGGUAGCACUAUAACUAGGAAUACCCAGUUACAAGAAGAACUUUUCAACGAUGACGUAAUUGAUAAUGUACCAAAUUAUAUGAAUGCAGAGCAUGAUCAAUUGCUUAGCAGUGGCCAUUAUUCGUCCCAAACUCCUCAACAACAAGAAUAA